UUAAGAAAGAUUCUGAGAUAUAUUUUUGCGACAAAAGUAAAAUCUAUGUGAGCCUCUCUUUCAAGUCCCUCUUUCAAGCUGGCCAGCAAUUAUGUCUCACAGGAAGUUCUCGGCCCCUCGUCAUGGUUCUCUGGGUUUCUUGCCCAAGAAGAGAAGUAAACGUCACCGAGGUAAGGUGAAAGCUUUCCCCAAGGAUGACCGAAGCAAGCCAUGCCAUUUGACAGCUUUCCUUGGUUACAAGGCUGGUAUGACACAUUUGGUGCGGGAAGCAGACCGACCUGGAUCUAAGAUCAACAAAAAGGAAAUUGUUGAAGCAGUCACCAUCGUGGAAACACCACCAAUGAUUGUUGUGGGUUGCGUCGGCUACGUUGAAACCCCCAGAGGUCUCCGCACAUUCAAGACCAUCUUCGCUGAGCAUUUAGGCGAGGAGUGCAGGCGACGAUUUUACAAGAACUGGUACCGCUCCAAGAAGAAAGCCUUCACCAAGUACUCCAAGAAGUGGCAAGAUGAAGUGGGCAAGAAAGAAAUUGAAUGCGACUUCAGGUUGAUGAAGAAAUACUGCAAGGUCAUCCGUGUCAUUGCCCACACUCAGAUGAAACUGAUGAAGAAGCGCCAAAAGAAGGCUCACAUCAUGGAGAUCCAGGUCAACGGUGGUACCAUCUCCCAGAAGGUUGACUAUGUCCGUGAACACAUGGAAAAGAAGAUCCCAAUCGACACAGUGUUUGGCAAGGAUGAGAUGAUUGAUGUAAUUGGUGUGACCAAGGGUAAAGGUUACAAGGGUGUGACAUCCCGUUGGCACACAAAGAAACUGCCCCGCAAGACCCACAAAGGUCUUCGUAAAGUCGCCUGUAUUGGAGCUUGGCAUCCAAGUCGUGUUGGUUUCUCAGUGGCCAGAGGUGGUCAGAAGGGUUACCAUCACAGGACCGAGAUCAACAAGAAGAUCUACCGUAUUGGCCAAGGUAUCCACACCAAGGAUGGCAAGGUUAUCAAGAACAACGCCUCCACAGAGUACGAUAUCACAGACAAGAGCAUCACACCAAUGGGUGGUUUCCCUCAUUACGGAGAAGUCAACAAUGACUUUGUCAUGAUCAAGGGAGCCGUCUGUGGACCCAAGAAGAGGGUGCUUACACUAAGAAAGUCCCUGUUGGUGCAUACCAAGAGAGCUGCCCUGGAGAAGGUCAACAUCAAGUUCAUCGACACGUCGAGCAAGUUCGGUCAUGGUCGCUUCCAGACUGAUGAGGAGAAGAAGAACUUCAUGGGUCUGCUCAAGAAGGAUAAGGUCAAGGACGAGGCUUAAAUUUACCUGUACAUGUCAGAGGGGAAAAUAAAUUAUGAAGUGAA